AUGGAGUCGUGGAAAUCUAAAAUAGAUGCCGGCGGCGCCGUGUUCCGCAGGCUCACCGGUCAGUUCCGGGCGGCGAUCGGCGAGGUCGGCGUGCAGCUUAAACGCCACGCCAGCCAGGCGUCCCGGGAAAUUGGUAUUGACCUGGACAACCUGCAGCAGCCGUUCUGCAAGGGGCUGAACCAGGUGCAGUGCUCGCUGUUUUCCGCGCCCGGCAGCUGCGCCAACAAGCGUACGACCGUCACCAUAUCAGGUGAGUUCGACUUCGGCUUCAACCUGAAGUUCCACCCGCACGAGAUCGGCGUGGUCAUCGCCACCGUGUCCGGCGUGAACGAGCUGGACUGCAGCUUCAAGUGGAAGAGGCGGCAUGCCAGCUACGAGGUGGACAUCGAGCACACCGACGGGCCGCGGUACGCGCUGACCGCCGACGACAUCGGGACCAGCCUGGUGAUCCGCUGCACGCACAGCGGCGGCAUGGGCACCGCCAUCGGCGAGAUCGGGCCGUUCGACGUCGACGUGGCGUCGCGCAGGGCCAUACAGGACGCCCUGAUCAACUCGACUGCCCGGCACGACCUGUUUUUGGAGCGCGACGCCAGCAGCGUGAAGUGCCUGUGCGACGUGCUAAAAACCCCCGAGCACGCCGUCAAGACCGACGGCAGCAGCGUGAAGUACGCCAUGUACAUCAUGGCCGAGGAGGUGCAGCUGCAGCCGGACGACGACAUAAAGGGCGACGGCAUUCUCAAGUGCAAGUACUCGAGCUCGUUCCCUCGGCUGCGUCUGUGCACUGAGGACCCCCUGAAGCUGUUUCUGCGCAUCAGCGAGAAGCACGAGCUGACGCUGCGCGCGUUCAGCAAGCAGCAGCGCGACAUGGUGGCGCUCAUGCUGCGGGCGUUCCACAGCCGCCUGCUGAUCCUGAACACCCUGGAGGCGAACUCGCUGGAGGUGCUGCGCGACGGCAAGCUGCAGGACCCCACGGAGGGCGGUAAGCGCCUGGACGUCGUGCUCGCGUUGCAGAAGGCCAACGACGACCUGUCGAUAAUGCUCGAGGAGGCCGCGCGCACCCGCCGCGAGCUGAGCAGGUGCAAGCACGAGAAGAGCUUCCUGGAGUCCGAAAUCGAGAACACCAUCAAGGUGUUCCAGCAGCAGCUAUCGUCGGACGAUGCGGCGGCUGCCCCGAGGGGCAAGCAGAAGGAAAGCUACAACGAGACGCUGUACACCGAGCUGAUAAACCGCAACGCGCAGCUGGCCGACCAGGUGUCCGAGAUCACGAAGGAGCGCAACGCCAUGGAGGAGGAGGUUGACACGCUGCGCGGCGAGCGCAACCGUCUGGAGCGUCACUCCCAGAGCGUGGUGAAGGACCUGGAAAAGCUCAGGUUCGACAACCAGUACCUGCUGAAGCAAAUCGAGGAGCUGAAGGCGAAGAUCCGUAAGCUGGCCGCGAGCUGA